AUGGCUGGAAGUAUCAAAGAGGAAGCAAUGGUGAAAACUGAUGAGAUCGCUCAACGUCUGUCAGUGGCACAAUUGAGAGAAUCUUUCGAGUCUAAAAAUACAAGUUCUUCAUCGAGACCGAAAUCCAUCGGUAGAGAUUCUAAUCGACAACAACAACAACAACAUCUUUCAGCUAAGCAAACCGGCGCUGGUACCACCGAGCAUUUUACAAAAGAACUUGAAGGUGUAUUGAAAUCACAACCAACAAAAAAUAAUAGUUAUAUUCGUUCAGCUACUAAUAAACUUUCGGAUAGUGAUGAUGUAAACAGACAAACUGAGUGUCUUUCCACUAAACCACAAGAAACUAGUAAAAUGAAUCGAAACAGCAUCAGAGAAAAAGAUAGCAAAUGCUCUGACAUCUCCGAAGUCCGUCAGAGAGCAGAACAUGUUGUAGAGCAACAUGUUAAUCAAGUCAAAGCCAGCUACAUUAAAGAAAAACUCGAAUUCAAUAUUAUGAUUUGUGGUUCACCACGCGUCGGCAAAAGUACAUUUGUUAAUACAAUGUGCGGUCGACAAGUUGCACCGACAAGUGGGAGCCUGAACACAUGUACCACCGAAGUAACAUGUUAUUCUUACGCAGACGACAGAGAAACGGAAAUGGGUGUAAAACAUUUCAAGAUGAACAUUUGGGACACACCAGGUAUUGAAGAAUGGGAAAAAGUUCAAAAUACAUUUGAUAACAAUUUUUCAACAACAAAUCCAAUUUGUUUGAUUUUCUGUACUGCACCGGGUGCAUUUACAAAAUUGGUGCAUGUGUUUUUCUUUAUUGUAACGUGUAUCGUCGUCCAUCUUCUAAAAAGCUCUAUUACGAUAAUCUCCUUAGUUUUCUUCUCCAAAACGCAAAGAAAUUAUGUCACAGUUCUCGUAGUCAAAGACAAAUUGAUGCUCCUUUUGUUUAUUUUCAACAUUAAAGUUGAAUUCAGCAUCCAAUAUAAAAUGCGGUGAUUUCCCUAGCUCAGGUUUU